AUGGCUGCUGACCUAAGCACAAACAAAACAGAACGUUUUCCUGCCACGGAGAGUGCACUGGUCAGCGACGAAGCGCUAGACCUUUUCUUCUUGCUCAGCACCGGAGCUUUGCUUCCCACUUGCCUGCUCGGUAUCGCCACAAAUUGCCUGAACAUCAUCUCAUAUAAAAUUAUGGGAUUUCAAGACAGCGCAACCAGUUGCUUCUUUGCCCUGUCAGUGUCGGACCUAGGCUCUACCGUAAUCUUCCUAGCUAUCACACUCAGUUGCAUAAUAAAGAUCCAGUUUCCAGCCCUGCCCGUCAACAUAUUUGAUCUGGUCUAUGUCCUUUCGAGUGACUUAAGCAUGGUAUGUGAUAUAUCCAUUGUCUUAAAAACGUAUAUUGCAAUACAACAAGGCUGUUGUGUGGCGUUUCCCUUUCGCGUCAAGCAUUUGUUCACACGGAGAAAGACGACAGCGGUUAUCUUGUGUGUGUAUACGUUCUGUGUCGCAUGUUAUCUCCCUUCAUUGUGUCUGAAGUCGCUGCGUGCAGUAACACAUUCAUCAACGAACAGAACUGAAAUAUCUCUGUUUUUGAAGAACGGAUGGGUUCUUGCAGAUAGUUUUGUGAACUUCUUUAACAGAUCCGUUUUAAUUUGUACCUGCCAACUUUUAAUUCUGAUUUCCAUGAUUAUUAUCAUGUCUGGUUUAUCUGUCAGUUUACAAUAUCGACAACUUGCUUGGGUUGGGGAAUACUCAAAAACUAAAUCACACAGUAUGAGAAGGCUGCAUCUUCUAAGACAAGUUACAGUGUCUCUUAAAAUGGAAAGACAUAGAGGACACCAAGUAAGACAACACACAAGUCGUAAACAACAAGAAGCAGUUGGAACUCAACUUCUUUGGAGAAACAAGGAGUUGCGGGUGCUCAAACAAGUCACGUUGGUUUCGGGAAUCUUCUUCACCUGCAACAUUCCCGCUGUUAUAAUCUCAAUUGCAAAUCGAAUUGUACCAGAAUUCCGCUACAGGGAUAUAUACAGUAACCUCGUGUGGGUUUUAUUCGCUUGUAGCCACUUUGCUGGACUAAUCAGUUCCUCCACUACCUUCUUCAUCUACUGCAACUUUAAUUCUAAGUUUAUCAAAACGGUUGAAAAAUUAGUCGGGCAUUGUAGAAGACGCUAG